AUGAGACCAUCGCUUGCCCAAACCAUUGAGGGUAAAUAUGGUGCUAUGAAUACAGAAGUAAGCGAAAACGGAAGCAGUAACAAUGCUUCACAUUUAAAGAAAGGUCAUAACUUGAAUGAGGGAAUUAGUAUUAUUCUUCUUUCUACCUAUAAUGUUCCUCAUGGACUAAGACAGUACGCAUCCAAUAUGCGGAUAUCUACAAAGUUUGUAGAAGAGUACCUCGCAAACUAUCGCGAUGUUAUUCUUCUUGCGAGGGAAUAUGGAGAAAAGACUGAAACAGAGCGAACACAUCUUCGCCUACAUCUUAUGAAACUACGACAAAAUGGUGGAAACACCGACGCAAACAGUUCGGCCUCAUCUAUUCUCGAACAACAACUCUCUGAUCUCAUGCAUUGUGAAAAUAGCGAUACACAACCUUUCCUCCUCUCAGAGUCUUUGCGGUAUGAUCAGAUCCUGCGGGAUAUGCGGCUGCUGGCGCGGGGUCUUCUCAUUCCCACUGAUCUUCUUCGUUAUCAUCAUCAUUGGCUGCUGCUGCAGGAGGACGUGCGGCUCACACUCGCCGGUCGUAUUCAUCACUGCCGCGUUGUGGCCCGCCGAUCCCCGCCAGUGAUUUCAGUGCGGCGUCUGUGGAGUGAGUUGUGGGAACUGCUCGGGGCAGCGUGGCGGCAGCGUCGACGACUGAUGGGCGUUGAGAAACCGAAAGGGAAAGAAGAAGAAUGUAGAGAUGAUAAGAAUAGUGGAAGGAAGGAACAUGAAAGUGAUGAGGAUGAUAAGGAGAGUGAUGCCUAUGCAUUUGGACCAUUGCUCCCCCAUCGUAUUGGUGUAACGACAGCGAGGCAUUAUGCAAUUCGAUCUCCUUUAUUAGCGUUUUUACGAUCUCUGCGUGUGCAGGUGUGGGAUACACCAACCAGCAAAACCCGUGGAAAUAAUGGGAUAUACACAACAAACACAACAACAACUACUAAUACUAAUACGACGAGGAACAGCCAAACAGGGUUUCGUGCACACUCUCCCUCAUCACCUCGUAAGGCGGCGAAGGGUUUUUUAGGUAACUCUUCAUAUCAUACGGAGAAACAACAACAACAAUAUCAUCAUCAUCAGCUGAUACACAAUGCCCCUUUUUUUGAUAUAACGACAGAAGAUGUGGAGGCUUGUCGGGUGCCUUAUUUAUCACCGCAGCAGUUUAAACAUUUAAGAUUGCAUGGCGAAGAUGUUACUGGGGAUUGGCAAGGGACAUUUGUGGCUCACACUUAUUCAGAUGAUGUAUGGAAUAUAGCUGUGUUAACGGUAGAGUUUAUGUUAACAGGUUUUACACUCGCCAAGAGUUGUUGUGCUCAUCCUGAUCAUCACACUCCCCCAACAUCUUCACUAUUUGAGGAUAUUGUAGAGAUUCUAGUGGUAUAUCACAAGAUACCAUUUGAAGGAGCACAAAACUUUAUCUACGCAACACUUCACGAACUUUCACUUUUGUUGCUGAAGUCUACAGUAAGGUCAGAGGAAAAGGAAGGACAAGACAUGUAUGAAGGGAUGGAAAAUAGUUCUAGUUAUCAAGAAGAAGGACCAUUACCACAAAAACUGGCAAAGGAGUGGUAUUAUUAUCUUCGUGAAACAUACAAAAGCGAUGCUGAUAACGCACUUCUUAGAGAAAUUGCAGAAAAUGGUCUUCGUUGGUCUCGUCAAGAGCGAUGGGAGGCAUUUCAAUCUGCACACGCUCUUGUAUUGAAUGAAGAUAAGAAGAAUAACUAUAAUAAUAGUAAUAAUAAUGGUAAUAAUAAUAGUAAUGGGGGAAAUAAUUAUGCAGAAGAUGUUCUAAACACGUUGAUAUCUCCUUUAAUGCCUCUCCAUCCUAUGCUGUUUUCUUCUGCAUUAAAGAAUGAUCUUGAUGAGAGUUUAUUUUCACUGGAUGCAUAUAAACUAUCCUCAUCCUCAUCCUCUUGUUUCUCCCUUUGGGAGUUUCAAAUGCAAAUGCAGUUAUGGCGUUUAAGUGUUGGACGUCACGCCGUUAUCGAUGGAGGCUGUCGAAAAGAUGCCGAGGCAAAACAGGCCGUUUUAUUUAGAAAUUUUAUUCGACUUGUGCGGCGAGCAUUGAAGCUACAAAAAACAGAAAAUGGAGAAAAGGGAAAUAUUUCAGGACACCCAUAUCAUGAUUUAGACCAUACAAACACUUCAUUACGAUUACAUGAUGAUGAAACCGUACAAGUAAUGAUACUGCAUGAGUUUUUACGAGGAUUGAGGGAACGUGGGGCCCUCUUUUCAUAUUGUGUAAAUAUGUUACCUCCACAGGGAAAUAAUAAAAAUGAUAAUGUACUCAAUGUAUUUCCCUUUUCACAAGUCUUUCUUUCAAUGAAAGAUCUUCUCUCACUAUUGCAUAAAGAUGUGAUGUCACUUAGCGCCUCAUCCCCCGCCACUUCUGUAACCAUAAGUGUACUUGAUAGUAUUGUUGGUAACAAACUACAUUUACAAGGUACUUCACCUUCUUUCUCUCCUACACGAGUUCAAUUACCUUCAAUGGUGACAGCGAGAAGAACAAUACCAACAACAACAACACCUGGUGCAAAAGUGGAACUUCUCUCAAUUGCGAAGCGAGUCAUCCGCACUAUGGAUUUGAAUAUCGUGGAUCAACUUAAAUUAGUAACGGAUCUUCGUAAUCUUCUGCUAGUCCUACCAAUGACAAGACGAGCAUCACUGUUGUGUCAAUACUUACAAGAUGCUCAUAUUGCUGGAAAAGCAAGAGAAGUACCAAUUCCUGCAACUAUACGUGGAGAAGUAUGGGGAGCUUUACUGCAAGUACCAUCAAGUACUGCCCGAGCUAAUGCUUAUUAUGCUUUGAACACCGCACUUCCCUCAUCUGCUGAUAGACAAUUGUCUGUUGACAUUCCACGUUGUCAUCAAUAUCAUCCAUUGUUGGCAUCAGCGGCGGGACACGACCGUCUUCGCUGUAUUAUAAAGGCAUGGCUCUUAAUGAACCCUGGACUCACAUAUUGGCAAGGCAUGGAUAGUGUUUGCGCUAUUCUUCUUUCUGUUAGUUUUACCAAUGAACCACUGGUAUUGGCAUUAUUGCAGCAAUUAACAGAACUCUUUAUUCCACAUGAUGCUGUAUCCUCCAUUUCUUUACGAGUUCGAAGCAUGGAGGAUCAUUUACACCAGUUUGCUGUACUAGUGCGAUAUUGUGAUCCUCUUUUAGCUUUUCAUCUUUUUGACGAGGUAGAUUGUCGUCCAGAAUUAUUUGCGAUAAGUUGGUUUCUUACUCUCCUUGCACACAGUUUGCCAGUAGGGAAAGUUUGUUUACUAUGGGACUUUCUCUUCGUUUACAGUGAUAUCUAUCCACAUUGCCUAACUGUACUAUGUUUAUCAGUACUUUUACAACAUCGAGAUCGACUACUCGGUAAUGAUCUCUCCAUCUGUAUUUUGACACUAAGUCGUAUGCAGAACAUUGAUGUCCAACUCGUAUUAUCAGAUGCCGUAAAGCUGCUGAGAACGAUACCACCUGCCGUUGCGUGUCUACCGUAUUAUUCAAUGAUGUGGAGUGAAAAGGUGCGGUGCCGCAAGGUUUCUCAUAUAGAUGUUCAAACAAUUGUUGAAGCUUUCCAAAUGGAAGGAGAACUUAAAGAAAGACAUCAGAAGCAUAUGUGGAUGAGUUUAGGAUUAUUUCUUGUGGAUCUCCGAACAGAGAGAAGAUCAGCAACGGCAUUACCACAACAGCUUGCACCUAUGGAGGAACGUGUUAUUGGGGCUUUACUCUUUCCCAUGAUGAUUCCUUCAACAAGUGAUGAUCAUACAGAUUCCACAGUAUUAUCUCAACGCUUUAUUACUAAUUUGGCUACUGAACUGCUUUUGCAAACGCGCAAUAUGGCGAUGGCAGCUCUUCCACCCUUUUCACCGUCUGCUACUUCAAAGACAAUGUAUACAGGAGAUGAAACUAGUGAAUCCUCUGCUUUUUUGGAGAAGCAGGUAAUCUCUCCUCAUAUUGUAUUAUUUACACAAGGUUCUGGACAACGUGAGAGUGCAGAAGCAGAGUUACUUGCAUUAGAGUUGGUACGAUCUGGUACUCCUCAUGUCUCCAUUCUCCUUGGAGGUUUUGCUGAACUUAAGCGCGAGGCACCGCAGCUAAUUGUGGAAGUGGAGGAAGGCUGA